GUGGAGAACCUCAGACGUUCACGUUAAUUCAUUCGCCGGACGAGGAUCGACAAGUGCGCUCCGCCGCUUCUUCCUCAAGGUCCUCAAGCGCGCUCUUUCUCACACACAUCUGGACUGAGGAUGAUUUCAGCGGAGCAAUGUAACAUUGUUUCAGCAUCCACGGGAAAACUUAACUUAAUUAUGGGAUUGUUCCUUUCGGGGUCUUUCGGGUAAAAGUAGAUUAAACCCUAUACUCGCUGCCUUUGUUCGGCUCUCUUUAAAGUUACGAUGUCUUAUUUCCCGUGGAAAGAGGAGAAAUGUUCCGACGCGGUGAGAGGAACGCGCUGGACCUCACAAGUGCCGAAUUACAGUAAAACCAUCGCGUUCUUGAGGGACGACUCUCUGAGUGGUGAAGUGGAUGUCUGCUGCUCAUCCCGCUCAGAGGAGCGCCCGUCCCCCGAGGGCUUCGGGACGAGCGCCGGAGACCCGCAGCGGAGCAUGUCCUGCCAGAAGACCGUGAAGUCUCUAGCGGGACAGUUCGGGGGAUCGUCCGGGGACAAUGGCCGUUUCUCUCCGGCUCUCUCGGCCGGGACGGCCCGGUGUGGACUCGGUAUGCCGGUGGCGGUGGAUUUAGGGGCUCGAAGAUCAGAGGAAGAGAGAAAAGUUGCGCGCUGUGACAAGUGUUCGCUGACCCUGGUGGCGCUGAAGAAGCAGGCGCUCAGUCUGCUCGUGCAGAACCACUUCUCCUCCAAGGACCUGGCGGCCAUGUCUACGUUCCUCCACAACAACCUCCGGGUCCACAGCAGUCGCUCAACAGCCGACCCCAGGGAGAAGGACCGGGACCAGGGCUUGUGCGUCUCCUGCGGGGUCCACCUGAACCAGCUCAAGCAGGAGGCCGUCCAAGUGGCUCUGUCCAGAGAGAACAGCCGCUGGCCCGGCCACGCGUCUCCGGAACACGCCUCUGGAUCGUCGACGAACACCAAUCAAGCCGACCACGGAUCCCCGGUGUUAAAUGGGACGGGGAGCCCGAGACGGCAAGAGACGGUACAGCAUGGGCACGAGAGUUCAAGAGGCAUGGUGCAACUGGUGGAGAGUGAAGUAGCAGUGGUUCCUCAACAGCACAGUUUCCCCCAGAGUUAUGUGAGUCCCCAGAUCUUUCAGGGGAGCCCACAGAGGAUCCAAGACCGCCCCAAAGAUCGGACCCAGGACCAAAUGCCUCAGUGGAAUCUUGAAAGGACCCAAGAACAACCUCAAGUCCGUCCACAAGAUCGCCCCCAAGAUUGGAACACUCAAAGGACCUUGGACCGCCCCCGAAGCCGAACCCCACAGAGGCACCCAGAAGGGAACCUGGAUCACCCUCAAGACUACCCCAAAGACAGCGCCCAAAACCGGAUUGUUGACCGCCCCCAAAACCGAACUCCUCAGCACACUAUUGAACACCCCCAUGACCACCCCCAGAACCGAACUCCUCAGCACGGUAUAGAACACCCCCAAGACCAUCCCCAUGGCCGCCACCAAGAACAGAACCCUCAGUGGACCCUUAACUGCCCUCAAGACCGGACCCCUCAGAGGAAUACAGAAUGGACGAGAGACCACCCACAAGACCACCCCCGAAACCGAACUCCUCAGCGCAUUGUGGAACAGAUUCUAGACCAGCCCCAAGACCACCCCCAAAACCGUACUCCUCAGCGCAUUGUUGAACGGAUUCUAGAGCACCCCCAAGACCACCCCCAAAACCGUACUCCUCAGCGCAUUGUGGAACGGAUUCUAGACCACCCCCAAGACCACCCCCAAGACCGAAUUCCUCAGCGCAUUGUGGAACGGAUUCUAGACCACCCCCAAGACCACCCCCAAGGCCGAACUCCACAGCGCAUUGUGGAACAGAUUCUAGAGCACCCCCAAAACCGAACUCCACAGCGCAUUGUGGAACAGAUUCUAGAGCACCCCAAAAACCGUACUCCUCAGCGCAUUGUGGAACGGAUUCUAGACCACCCCCAAGACCACCCCCAAGACCGAAUUCCUCAGCGCAUUGUGGAACGGAUUCUAGACCACCCCCAAGACCACCCCCAAGGCCGAACUCCACAGCGCAUUGUGGAAAAGAUUCUAGAGCACCCCCAAAACCGAACUCCACAGCGCAUUGUGGAACAGAUUCUAGAGCACCCCAAAAACCGAACUCCACAGCACAUUGUGGAACAGAUUCUAGACCAGCCCCAAAACCGAACUCCUCAACGCAGUGUGGAACGGAUUCUAGAGCACCCCCAAAACCGAACUCCACAGCGCAUUGUGGAACAGAUUCUAGAGCACCCCCAAAACCGAACUCCACAGCGCAUUGUGGAACAGAUUCUAGAGCACCCCCAAAACCGAACUCCACAGCGCAUUGUGGAACAAAUUCUAGACCAGCCCCAAGACCACCCCCAAAACCGUACUCCUCAGCGCAUUGUUGAACGGAUUCCAGAACACCCCCAAAACCGAACUCCUCAGCGCACUCUGGAGCGGAUUCUAGACCAUCCCCAAGACUGUCCCCAUGACUGCCACCAAUACCAGAACUCUCAGUGGAAUCUAGAUGGCCCCCAAUACCAGUCCCCACAGAGGAACCCAGAACGGAUCCAAGACCAUCCCCAAGACCGGACCCUGGAACGCCCCCAAAACCGAACUCCUCAGCGAACCUUGGAACAGACCCGUGACAAUCCUCCAGCCCAUCCCCGAAGCCGAACCCCUCAAAGGACUCUGGAACGGAUCGUAAACCAUCCCCAAGACCGCACCCUGGAGCGACCCAAUAACCGGACUCGUCAUCGCAGCCUGGAACGGAUCCUAGAUCACCCUCGAGACCGCGGCCAAGACCGGACCCCUCAGUGGAGUCCAGAACGGACUCUAGAGCGACCUCAAGAUCGGACCCUAAACCGUACCCCCCAAUGGAUCCUGGAGCAGACUACACACUGGAACUCAGAACAAACCCUGAACCGGACCACCCCCCAGCGAACCCAGACCAAGACCCUUGAUCGGCCACAAAACCGCUCUCCUCUGCCGAUCCUGGACCGCCCCCAGAACCGGACCCCUCAGCGAACCCUGGACCGGACCCGGACCCACUGGAAGUCAGAACAAACCCUGAACCGGAGACUUGAGUGCCCCCAGCAACAGUCCCCUCAGCACACCCCAGAGCGGACCUCUCAGACCCUCAGGCGGCGAAGCCCCAAACCAGCGAACUCCGACAUGAACCGCUGGGUGGCGGAGCAGCAGCAAAUGGUUGCCGUGGUGAAGUCGGUGGCGGCGGCCGGCGGCAACGGCGGUGACGUCUAUCCCUACCAGGUACUGUACAGGAAGAAGCCCUUGCUAGCAACCUGUCAAACGCAAGCCCUGACUGGGGGAGGCUUUUUCUUUUUAAUGAGCUCUGUUGUGUUCCCUCGGCAGGCUGGCGGGGGGGUCCCUGAGGGGCGUGGGGGGGCCGGGACUCUGCAGAGCAGCCCCAAGAUGGCUCACAUUGCCAGGGUGGCCACCAUCGCCAACUCCGCUGCCAUGGCCUUCCUAGCCAGAGCGGCCCAGAAGUUCAACCUGAGGAGGAAAGGUUUGUCUGGGGGGCCGGGCGGUGCGGGACGCCUGGGCCAUCACUCCACCUGUUUCAGGGGCCUUAUAGAGAAGAACCCGCCCCCGGUUCCUCCUAGCGUGUUCCACAACGGCAGCAGAAGCAGAGAGCCACAGAACACUAGUCAGGUCAAAGUCAUCCUGAGGGUGUGUCCUCCGCCCCCCCUGUCCUCCGAGGGCCCCCUCCGGGCCCCCCUGCUCCGCAUCGACCAGUCCAGGAAGAGGGUGACGGUGGUGGAGCCCACCUGGAACAGCCUGCCGCGGGCCCGGCUGACGCAGCGCCGCGAGGAGAAGGCCGUGUUCAAGACCUACGCCUUCGACCACGUCUACCCCCAGGAGACCGGCCAGGCCGAGGUGUGCUCCGGCGUCCUGACUGACGUCAUCCGCGGCGUGGUGGGCGGGGUGGACGCCUGCGUCCUGGGUCUGGGCUGCGUGGAGGCAGGGUCCUGGUCGGCCAUGGUGGGCAGCGACGAGAGCCACCAGACGCUGGGCGUGAUCCCCUGCUCCAUCCCCUGGCUGUACGGGGCCGUGGAGCGCUGGAAGGAGCGCACCUGGACCAACCUCAGCGUGUCCGUGUCGGCCGUGGAGCUGCGCUGGGGCGGCGGCGGCGGCGGGGCCGGGGAGGGGGAGGAGUCCCUGAGGGACCUGCUGGCCGAGGUGGCCCCCGCGCCGACCUCCGGCCCCCUGGACCGGCCGGCGGGCCACAUCACCCUGCACGAGGACCCCCUGAUGGGGGUGACGCUGCGUAACCACAACAGGGUGAAGUGUCCCACCGCCGAGAGGGCAGCCUCCCUCCUGGACUCCGCCAUCGCCUCCCGUCUCCACGGCAACCAGACGGAAGGCCGCGGCGUUGGCGAUGACAUCACGGCGCCGCCGGCGUACCACAGCUCCGUGAUGUUCUUCACCAUGCACGUCACGCCGCCGCGCACGGACCUCAGCGCCAACGGCAAAGCUCCCCGCGGUCCGUCUCGGUUGACCAUGAUAGAUGUGUGUAGUAGCAUGAAGAUGAUGACUGUGGUCAACAAGACCCGGAGCGAGCUUCCCCAGACUGGACUGCCCUCUCUCCUCUAUUCCCUCCUCAGUGGGAACAGAAACAUCCCCAGCAAGGGCAGUAAACUGACCAUGCUGCUCAAAGAGUCUCUGGGCCGGGCCCACUGCCUGACCACGGUGUUGGCCCAGGUGUCGGACCUCCCGGUUCACCUGCCUGAAGCCCUGUCCACCAUCUACCUGGUGUCCCGCGUCCGCAGGGCUCAGAGGGGGCCCAAGUCCGCCUCCUCCUCCCCGUGUGGCAGAAGCCUGGGCAAAGACAAGCGGCCUGGCGGCCAUCGGUCCAUGACCCUGCGCGCCUUCCACUCCACGGGCCAGGUCGACGUGGACGCGCCCCGCCUCCGCCUGCGCGGGGACCCCGACGACCGCUCCAUCAGCGACCAGUCCUGCGACACGGUCAUCCACAUCGGCUCCGACGGCGCCGUCCACAACCCCAAAUCCGCCCGGAUGUUGCCGCUGACCCGGCCGCCGUUCGUGCCCAUCGUCCCCUCGCUGCACCAGGGGGAGGCCAACGCGGAAGACCCCGAGUUCACCGCCCUCCUGGUGGAGCUGCUGAAGAUCCCCCAGUCCCAGGCGGAGCAGAGGAAAGAUAAACCCCCGAGAGGGAAGGUGGCGGAACCGCCGAAGGUGGAGGCGAAGCCUCCGGAAAGGGACUGUCUGAAAUGCGAAACCUUCGCCGAGCUUCAGGAGCGUCUGGGCUGCAUCGACGGCAGUGAAACGGCGACGGGAGCGCCCAAGCCGCCGUGCAAACACCCCAGAGUCGACGAUGUCACGACUGAGACGCGCUCACAGAACGAGAUGGCGGCGGCGCAGAGCGAAUCGGCGGCCGAGGCGCCCAAGACGCAGGGCCAGCCGGGCCAGGAGUACGUCCACGCUCACUCCUCUGCCGGGGAGAAGAAGUCCGACGGGGCCGCUCCAGGGGACACCUUCCAGAGGGAGGACUCGGGCCUCUACGACUGCGAGGACGGCAGUGCGGCCAGCUCCGCCGAGGAGCCUCAGAACCAGAGUCUGGGCCGGGGGCGGAUCCUGCGGGCGAACCGCUCCGAAACGCCAGACUCUGCCACGCCCAGGUCCUCCUCCGACUCCAGUGGGAAGGAGGAGCUUCAGGGCAUGGGUUCCUCCCCCGUUCCGGGCCCUGUCCCUCAGCCCACAGAAAGCCAGAGGGUUUCAGAGGACGGCGAAUGGGCCAAACCAGAAUUCAGGACCUCGCCGAUUGGCAAGAGUUACCCGGUGUCUACCUCCUCCUCGUCUCCCUCGCCCCCUUCCUUGGCUAAAAGUGUCUUGCUCGGGGGCCUCUUACCCCACCUCCCGACGGACGAACUCAAGGAAAUGAAGGCCACCAUCACGGUGACGGUGCAGCAGCCAUUGGACCAGGACGGUCACGACGAGAUCGUCUAUUCCAUGGUGGAGGAGGUGACCAUCAGCGGGGCGUUGGACCGGGACGCCAAGGGACGCAGCAUCAUUCGUAUCAGAGAGAAUACCCAGUCGGCAUCGCAUGCAAACGGCUCAGCCUGCUCUCAACCCAUCAGAAUCAUUGGCAAUGUCAUCGAGGAGUCUGGGACAGCGGACUAUUGCAGUAAGCCCAGUAACCCUUUGGUUCACGCCCCAUCCAGGGAGUCCAGCGCCCAGCCAAAACCCCCGCCGGUGAAAUUCAGGAAGGAGAAUAAAUUAUUGCCUUCCUUCAUUAAUCCCAUGCUGGUUGAUACAGACUGUGAAUCCUACCUGGACAGCGAUGAACCCAGAUACACUUCUAAUGUUUUCUUUGCAAGCCGGGAGCCAGUGACUCUCGAGCCCAGGAAGGAAACUCCCAGGAAGGAUGAUCACAUAAAGGACGAUCACGGAAACGUAGCCGAAGGGAGACGGCUUGCGAGAGGGGCCGUCGCAUUCGAGACCCCCGACCAUAAGUAUGAUCAUCUAUCCACAUUACCCUUAGUGCAAAUGUCAUGUGACUCACGUGACCACCCGUCUGCAGCUUUGUACGAGGAGACAAAAGCCAAAAACUACAACAAGAGGCAGAACAACACAGACAGGCAUUGUCCCCGAGGGAAAGAGCCUGUUUAUCCCAGCUCCGCUCCCCAGGGCCGGCCGGGAGCGGAGGUGGCUCACAGAGUCGUCGGGAAUGCCCCCCAGGGCAUCGCAGCUUCGCUCGGUUGCCUGGCGACCCUUCCCGUCGACCUCAAAGCAAACAGUCUGCCGAGGGGCUGGCAGGGAGCCCGACAUGGGGAGGGGCGCCGGGCGGGGCGCCACGUGACCGACGACCGCCGGCAUCCCGGGGGCACGACCUCAUCCACCCCGUCGAGUCCCAGGGUUACCAUGGAGAGGAGGCACCGCAGGCAUCACCGCUCCAGGCACGACGGCCUGGACCUCUCCCCCCCGCCGAGCAAGAACCAUCACUCAGAGGACAGCCGGCGGGAGGGCGGUGGUGGCGGUGGUGGUGGUGGUGGUGGUGGUGGUGGCGGUGGUGGCAGUGGUGGUGGCAGUGGUGGUGGUUGCAGUGGCGGUGGUACACUCAACAGAAAGGCCCGGUCUUUGUUCAGGACUGGCUCAAAGUCGUGGAGCCUGAGCAAGAGGAGCGACAGUUUGAACGGCCUGAAGUCGGCCGCCGCCGAGCCGACCAGCGGCUGGAAUCUUGGCGCCAAGCUGCGGCAACUAACCAGUCGGACCAACUCGCUGGGAAGGAGCCCGGCAAAGUGCCAGUCCCCCGACCCGGGCAGCAGCAACACCUCGGUGAGCUCCAGGACAAGCUCUAAGGGCAGCUCUAAGGGAAGCGCCGAGGGGAAGACUAAGGGGGGCUCCAAGGGGUCGUAUGAGGAGGUAUUGAAGGGGAAGGGGAAGAGGAGUUAUGAGGGAGAAUCAACCUUAGCCAGGAACAGCAGGAGCCCGAAGAAGAGCCCCAGGUGCGCGCCGGUGGAGGAGCCCGGUCACCGUUCCGACCCCUCAAACAGCUACCCUUCACCCCAGUCCCAGAGGUCCGCCUCCUCCAAGCUCUCUGCAGUGGGGAAACUCAAGAUGGCCACCCCCAGAGUACGCCGGGUCUCCAACUCGGGCACCAGGACCCUCAGCUUCUCCCGCAGCGACCCGCGGCGGGGCAUCAACCGCAGCGCCAGCCUCUCCCCGGACGGGAAAGCCUUCCAGCGGGACCAGCCGUCCUGCUUCCCCUCCCUGUCCUCCUCGCCGCCCUGGUCCAUCCCUUCCCUCAGCCGCACCCAGAGCCAGAGCUCCUCCUGCUGCUCGGCCGCCACCAAGUCCCCCCUCCACGGGGUCAUCGACGGACGUUUCUCCGACUUCCUGAAGGACCGGGAGUCCUGCCUCGCCCCGACGAUCUCCGCCGAGCCCAAAGGACGAACCCCGAUCGAAGAAGACGACGAGGACGACGAGGACGAGGACGGGCUGUUCGACCUCCCGGGGCGAGCGGGCGGCGCGGACGACCAGCGCCCGCACGGCGUCCCGUCGCCGUACAGCCGGCUGACGGCGCCGCGCGCCCCCACCCACCUCAGCGGGCACGGCAGCGACGUCACCAGCGUGCUGAGCGGGGAGUUGCCCCCGGCGAUGGGCAAGACCUCGCUGCUGGUGUUCCCCAAGCGGAGCAGCGGGGUGAGCAGCGGCUACGAGAGCCUGGCGAGGGACGGCUCCUCCCGGGAUUCGGCCAGCGACCGGGCCUCCCCCCUCCAGAGGACGGAGGGCCGGCCCGCCCGGAGGAGGGGCUACAACGGGGACAAACGGGGCAUGAUGAAUUGAUGACUGUAAUUUGUUGAUUUGGACAAAAGUUGACGAAAUAUGUAACUGGUGAAAAUGUUGUUGAGACGGAAAUGACUGAAGAAUGAUGCCUCAACUAUCGGUGUAAUUGACUAAUAAAAUAUACGAAUGUUUUUUCCAUUA